GCUAGCUGAGGCUCGCUGUUGAAACUGACUGCACGUUGGAUUGAUUGAGAGCUGCUUACUGAGGCACUUUAACUGCAUGAGUACAUCUUCCCACCGAUGGUUGACUGAGCGGCAGCACUAUGACUCCUCCUCGGCUUACCGGUGCAUUGCGCUCUUUCUCCACGGUUAGCAAGCAGGAGGACCUCCCAUCCGAGCUGUAUGAUUUAAAGGCCAAGCGUUUGAAGAGACAGGAGCUGUUUGCUAGAGAGGGUCUGACCUGGGCAAAGCUUGUGCAGUUUUUCACACAACAGCUAGAGAAGAAGGAACAACAGAGAGAGUCUCAGGAGCUGAAAAAUCUUCUUCAAGCAGCCAAGCAGAUAGUGAGUACAGAUUUCGGACAGGAUGCCAUUGACAGUGCUGCAGUCUUCUUGUUCAAGACAUUCCAGAACAAAGAGCAGGUCAGCCAUGAAGAGACCCGGGCCAUUAAGCAGAUGUUCGGACCUUUCCCGGCCUCAGCAGCUGAUACUGCCUGUGCUGCUGUCAGCCAGCUGGUAGCUCAGCUUGGAGAGUCCCAGGUGGAAGCUUUCAUCCAGACCCAGACAACAAACAAGCCUAUAGAUCAUGGAAUGUCUUUUGGAAAGAACAUUGCCUUCUCUUUUGACGCUUAUGUCUUAGACAGUCUAGAUAGUCUUCCAUGGGAGGAGGAAAAUGGUGAGGGGCUGAGCCUGGACUUCAACAGCUUCUUGAGCAACCAUGCUGGCGGGCGUAGCUCUGGUUUGGAGAGCGUUGGAGCACCGUCAGUGAGCCAGAGCAACAGUGCUGACCGCUCCAUCCUUAGAAGAGAGGUGGAGAAGUACCUGUGUGGCGGCAACAUGGGUUCAUCCAGUGUAGAGGAGCUCUGUACCUCACUGUUUGAGAUGCUGGCUUCUACCAAGAGUGAUGAUGAACUUCAGAAUGAGCUCUUUGAGUUCCUUGGCCCUGAGGGAUUUGAGAUGAUCUCAACGCUUCUCCAGAAAAGGUCUGAUAUUGUGGACUCUGUUCUGUCUGCGCCACCAGACAGCAGAGUCAGCUUCCCACCUGAUGGGAUGCUUAAAAAUGUGGAGUCUGCUAAACCCACAUAUGGCUGUCAGGUUACCAUUCAGUCUGAGCAGGAGAGACAGAUGAUGAAACUCUACCGUCGGGAGGAGAAAAGGGAGAGGAAGAAAGAGAAACGAGGAGAUGAGAGCGAACUGUCAGAAGCGUUUUUUAAUUUUGACCCUAAGGAGCUGAGACUGCAGAGAGAGCAGGCGUUGCUGACCGCACGGCGUUCCCCAGUGUUAGGACAUCAGAGAGAAUAUGAGCGCAUUCACUACCCUAAUGUCUACGAUGCGUAUGCUGAGGCCACCAAGACCUCUGCCUUCAUCGGAGGCUCAAAGAUGCUGCUGCCUGAGAGCAUCCGGAGAGAGAAUAAUAAGAUGUUUGAACAGGUUGAGAUCCCACCCAACGAGCCCAUGCCUAUCGGCUUCCAGGAGAAGCCUGUUUACAUCACAGAGCUUGAUGAGAUUGGACAGCUGGUGUUUAAAGGUAUGAAGCGGCUAAACAGGAUCCAAUCCAUUGUUUUUGAGACGGCCUACAACACCAAUGAGAACAUGCUGGUGUGUGCUCCCACCGGAGCAGGCAAGACCAACAUCGCCAUGCUCACGGUUCUGCAUGAGAUCCGCCAGCACCUGCAGCCGGGAGGCCUCAUCCGCAAAGACCAGUUUAAGAUAGUAUAUGUAGCUCCAAUGAAGGCUUUAGCUGCUGAGAUGACUAAUUACUUCAGUAAGCGCUUGGAGCCACUGGGCAUCGCUGUCAAAGAGCUGACAGGCGACAUGCAGCUGACCAAAGGGGAAAUUCUCCGCACUCAGAUGUUGGUCACAACUCCGGAGAAGUGGGACGUGGUGACGAGGAAAAGUGUUGGAGACGUGGCUCUGUCCCAGAUCGUUCGCUUGCUUAUACUGGAUGAGGUGCACCUGCUGCAUGAAGACAGAGGACCCGUCUUGGAGAGCCUGGUGGCCAGGACGCUGCGGCAGGUGGAGUCAACUCAGAGCAUGAUUCGCAUCCUGGGCCUGUCUGCCACGCUGCCUAAUUACUUGGACGUGGCAUCAUUCCUGCAUGUGAACCCAUACAUCGGCCUGUUCUUCUUCGACAGCCGCUUUCGCCCUGUUCCCCUUGGACAAACCUUUGUAGGAAUUAAGACUACAAAUAAGAUUCAGCAGCUGCAUGACAUGGAAGAGGUUUGCUACGACAAAGUGCUGGAGCAGAUUAAAGCUGGAUAUCAGGUGAUGGUUUUUGUCCAUGCCCGUAACUCCACUGUGCGCACUGCCAUGAAUCUGAUUGAGAUGGCCAAGAACCGAGGAGAAUCAUCGUUCUUCCAGGCAGAGCAGGGGCCGGAUUAUGGCCAUUGUGAGAAGCAGGUGCAGCGCUCACGGAAUAAGCAGAUGAGGGAGAUGUUUCCAGAUGGAUUUGGGAUCCACCAUGCUGGGAUGCUGAGGCAGGACCGCACACUCAUGGAGAACAUGUUUUCCAGAGGCUACCUAAAGGUCCUGGUGUGCACAGCCACUCUGGCCUGGGGUGUCAACCUGCCUGCUCAUGCAGUCAUUAUUAAGGGUACUCAAAUCUAUGAUGCGAAGAGGGGCACAUUGGUGGACCUGGGCAUCCUGGAUGUGAUGCAGAUUUUUGGCCGUGCUGGCCGUCCUCAGUUUGAUAAAUACGGAGAGGGCACCAUCAUCACCUCACACGACAAGCUGAGCCACUACCUCACCCUGCUCACGCAACAGAACCCCAUAGAGAGUCAGUUCCAUGCCAGCCUGGCUGAUAACCUCAAUGCUGAGGUGGCUUUAGGAACUGUGACCAACAUUGAAGAAGCUGUCAAGUGGUUGAGCUACACCUACCUCUAUGUACGAAUGAGAGCCAAUCCACUUGCUUACGGCAUCAAUCACAAGGCCUACCAGAUGGAUCCCAGGCUGGAGUUGUACAGGAAAGAGUUAGUAGUGGAAGCUGGGCGGAAGCUCGAUAAAGCUCGGAUGAUCCGUUUUGAUGAGAGGACUGGUUAUUUUGCUUCUACUGACCUUGGCAGAACAGCCAGCCACUUCUACAUAAAGUAUAACACAAUUGAGACGUUCAACGACCUGUUCGACGCUCAGAAAACCGAAGCCGACAUCCUGAGUAUUGUAUCUAAAGCAGAGGAAUUUGAGCAGGUUAAGGUCCGAGACGAGGAACUGGAGGAACUGGAGAAGUUGUUGAGUUGCUUUUGUGAACUGCCAGCAGCUGGUGGAGUAGAGAAUGGCUACGGCAAGAUCAACAUACUGCUGCAGACCUACAUUGGCCGCGGCGAGGUGGACAGCUUCUCCCUCAUCUCUGACCUGUCUUAUGUGGCCCAGAAUGCUGCACGUAUCAUGAGGGCUCUGUUUGAGAUCGCUCUGAGGAAGCGCUGGCCAGCCAUGACGUACAGGCUGCUCAAUCUCUGUAAGGUAAUUGAUAAGCGCCUGUGGGGAUGGGCACACCCCCUGCGUCAGUUCGCCACACUGCCUCCCACUGUGCUGUCCAGGCUGGAGGACAAGAAUCUCACUGUGGACAAGCUUAAAGAUAUGCGCAAAGACGAGAUAGGUCACAUGUUACACCACGUGAAUAUAGGCUUGAAGGUGAAGCAGUGUGUCCACCAGAUUCCUGCAAUACUGAUGGAAGCUACCAUUCAGCCAAUCACACGAACCGUCCUGCGCGUGCGUCUCACCAUCACCCCCGACUUCAGGUGGAAUGACCAGGUGCACGGCUCUGUUGGAGAACCGUGGUGGCUGUGGGUGGAGGACCCUAUCAACGAUCACAUUUAUCACACAGAGUAUUUCCUCCUUCAGAAGAAACAGGUGGUGAGUGAGGAGCCUCAGCAGGUGGUGUUCACCAUCCCGAUCUUUGAGCCCAUGCCAUCACAGUACUACAUCCGUGCUGUGUCAGACCGCUGGCUGGGCUCUGAGGCCGUGUGUGUCAUCAAUUUCCAGCACCUCAUUCUACCUGAAAGACACCCCCCACACACAGAGCUCCUGGACCUACAGCCAUUGCCCGUGACAGCGUUGGGCAACAGGGAGUAUGAGAGUCUGUAUAAGUUCACCCAUUACAAUCCCAUUCAGACGCAAAUCUUCCACACGCUCUACCACACUGACACCAACGUGCUGCUCGGAGCACCAACCGGCUCAGGAAAAACCAUCGCAGCAGAGAUGGCUAUCUUCAGAGUUUUCAACAAUUACCCUACGGCUAAGGCGGUCUACAUUGCUCCACUGAAAGCACUGGUCAGGGAGAGGAUUGAAGACUGGAAAGUCAGGAUCGAGGAGAAGCUUGGGCGGAAGGUGGUAGAGCUGACAGGCGAUGUGACUCCGGACAUGCGGGCCAUAGCUCAGGCUGAUUUGAUUGUCACCACUCCAGAGAAGUGGGAUGGAGUUAGCCGCAGCUGGCAGAAUCGCAGCUAUGUACAGAAAGUGGCCAUCCUUAUUAUUGAUGAAAUCCACCUGCUUGGGGAGGACAGAGGGCCUGUUCUGGAGGUCAUUGUAUCUAGGACAAAUUUCAUCUCGUCCCACACCUCUAAGACUGUGCGAGUGGUUGGGCUCUCCACAGCACUCGCCAACGCGCGAGACCUCGCAGACUGGCUGGGCAUCGGACAGGUGGGAUUGUUUAAUUUCCGGCCUUCAGUUCGUCCGGUCCCAUUGGAGGUGCACAUACAAGGCUUCCCUGGGCAACACUAUUGUCCUCGCAUGGCCAGCAUGAAUAAACCCACCUUCCAAGCCAUCCGCAGCCAUUCCCCUGCCAAGCCUGUCCUGAUAUUUGUGUCCUCUCGACGGCAGACACGUCUUACUGCGCUUGACCUGAUCGCCUUUUUGGCUACAGAGGAUGACCCGAAACAGUGGUUACACCAGGAUGAGAGAGAGAUGACAGAUAUAAUUGCCACAGUGAGGGAUUCGAACCUCAAGUUGACUCUUGCCUUUGGCAUUGGUUUGCAUCACGCUGGUCUACACGAGAGAGACAGGAAGACUGCGGAAGAGCUGUUUGUCAACUGCAAGAUUCAGGUCUUAAUCGCCACUAGUACUCUGGCCUGGGGUGUGAAUUUUCCAGCCCAUUUAGUGAUUGUGAAAGGCACAGAAUACUUUGAUGGAAAAACACACCGUUACGUGGAUUACCCAAUUACAGAUGUUCUACAGAUGAUGGGGAGGGCAGGUAGACCUCAAUACGAUGACCAGGGCAAAGCGGUCAUACUUGUGCAUGACAUCAAGAAAGAUUUCUACAAAAAGUUCCUCUAUGAACCCUUCCCUGUCGAGUCGAGCUUGCUUGGCGUUUUGGCUGAUCACUUGAAUGCGGAGAUAACUGCAGGAACUAUUGCUUCCAAGCAGGAUGCCAUGGAUUACAUCACCUGGACAUACUUCUUCCGCCGACUCGUCAUGAAUCCCAGCUACUACAAUUUAGAUGACAUCACCCACAAGACUAUAAACAAGUACCUGUCCAAUCUGGUGGAAAGAACCCUCAGAGAUCUGGAAUGUUCUUACUGUAUGGAAAUACAAGAGGAUGAGCGCACCAUAGAACCUCUUACGUAUGGCCGCAUCGCCUCAUAUUAUUACCUGAAACACCAGACUGUUCGCAUGUUUAAGGAGCGACUGAAGCCAGAGCUUCCUAUCCAGGAGCUGCUGUCCAUCCUCACGGAUGCAGAGGAAUAUGCUGAACUGCCAGUGCGCCAUAACGAAGAUCAGUUGAACAGCGAGCUAGCCCAGCGGCUUCCUCUGCAGGUCAAUCCACACUCGUACGACAGCGCCCACACCAAGGCCAACCUGCUGUUGCAGGCCCACUUCAGCCGAGCCCAGCUGCCCUGCAGUGAUUAUGGCACAGACACAAAGACCGUCCUGGACAACACCAUCCGCAUCUGUCAGGCCAUGUUGGACGUGGUGGCGAAUGAGGGCUGGCUGGUGUCUGCUCUGGGCAUCUGUAAUCUGGUCCAGAUGAUCGUUCAGGCUAGGUGGCUUCACGACUCCUCUCUGCUCACCCUGCCUCAUAUAGACCAGCAGAACCUGUACCUCUUCAGGAAAUGGAGCACCAAAGGUGGGAAGGGUGGAACCCGACGUUAUCAAGGCCCAAUCGAAGGGCUUCCUGAGCUCAUAGCUGCCUGUGAUGGAAGAGAGGAGAUCUUUACAGCCAUGGUGAAGGAGGAGUUUGAGCCCCAACAGAUCACUCAGAUGUGGGCUGUUGUAAGCCACUUGCCUGUGCUGGAGGUCAGUUUGAGUGUGAAGGGCUGGUGGGAAGGAUGUGACGAACAGACUGAGCGUGCUCUGUCCAGCAGUGUAGCCAACAUCAGGGACCAGAGCAGCUGGCUGCCCGUGCACCCUGACCAGGAAUAUGUCCUCCAAGUGUCCCUGCAGCGUCUCAAUGCAGGCCGGCAAAGAAGGAAGCAGGACAGCAAGGCGCAGGCCCCGCGUUUCCCCAAGUCCAAAGACGAGGGUUGGUUCCUGGUGCUGGGUGAGGUAGACAAGAGGGAACUUCUGGCCGUCAAACGAGUGGGAUAUGUCCGCAACCGGAACGUGACCUCAGUGGCCUUCUACACACCUGAACAGACUGGGAAGUGUAUCUACACACUCUAUCUGAUGAGUGACAGUUACCUGGGCUUGGAUCAGCAGUACGACAUCCACCUGAAUGUGAUUCCUGCCAGCAUCGCUGCCCAGGUCAACGCCAAGGUCACUGAUAGCAUGAGCGACAUGAACUUGAAGUGACCUCUUAUCCAGUGAUACUACACACACACACUGACUCUGUGUGUGUGUGUGUGUGUGUGUGUGUGUGUGUGUGUGUGUGUGUGUGUGUGUGUGAUGGUGGCACAGCCUUAGGCUUCCUAGUUAUUCCUGGGAAGAUGCUGUAGAGAUCAGCAUGGGUGUGGCAACAUGAGGAUGUGGGGAGCAAAUUGGCCUUGCAAGAGAAGUGUAGGAGUCUGCUUGGUAAUAAGAUUCUAAUAAUAAUAGCACUGCUUAAAAUUGGAGCACAUUACGGUGGGGUUAGAAUGCUUGCUUAAUUGACUAGAAUGUGUGAGCCAUAUGUUUGUUGGUACAUGUGUGCAGUUUGCAAACUCAAAGAGGCUGGAAGGAACUUUCUGGAGCAGGAGGUUAGGAAUUCUGUGCAGGUGUGUGAAACAUGCUCCUCUGUGAAGCUCUGGGUUCUGCCAGACUGUCCCAUCUGGUUUGUGAAAUUCUCUCUCUCUCUCUCAUUCUCUCUCUCUCUCUCUUUUUCUCUCUCUCUCUCUCACUCUCACUCUCACCCCCCACCUGUUUUCAACACCCUGUUCUGGAAAGCCUCAGGGACAUACAGGUGCCAAAUACAUUUAGGACAGUCAUGGAAAGAUUAAUUUAUUUAAGAAAAAAAAAGAAAGAAAUUGUUUUAAGAACUUGCAUGUGUUUAUGUAUUAUGUUUUGUUGCUUCACAGCUUAGCUACCAAACAGAGCUCAUACACUUUCAUUUGUUUUGGGGGGUUUUGGGGUUGUUGUUUUUUUGUUUUGUUUUGUUU